AUGUCUUGGAGUCAAGCUCAAAGGGAACGACUGGCGACAGAGAAAAGCGAACUAAAUCGUUAUUUUCCUGGCUGUGUGAAAUGGAUCAAUCCGACAGGAGAUACGAAAGUAGAAGUUACACUGAGAACAAACAACGACAACAGAUAUACGUUGAGAAUCUACAUUGAAAAUUUUCCAAAUUCAGUACCAGAAAUGGUUGUGGUUUCCUCGCCGAAACCAAUGCCUAACUGGGGAAGUAGUUCCACCACCCAUACUCUGUCGAAACGCGAUGGGUGUUUAAAAAUUUGUCAUUACCACAGCAGUCGGUGGACAGAUCGCAUCUCGCUGUAUGAAGUCGUGAUGAAGGGACGAGUCUGGCUUGAAGCUUACGAAG